GACGAAGGCGGCUGCGGCGGCGGCGACGACGACGGCGGAGCCUUGGGUCGGUGUCUGCGCGCUGGUGUCUGAGGCCCAGGCUGAGGCCUCCUCAGUAGCCCGAGCGCAGGCGGUGGAGAGGAUGACGGCCGCUGCCGUUUUCUCCUGAGCUAGAGCCGCCGCUACCCUCCCCCUCCCCCGGCAGGGCGGAGAGGAGCGGCCGGAGUCUGAGCUAUGGUGCCCGGCGAGGAGAACCAACUGGUCCCGAAGGAGGAUGUGUUUUGGAGAUGCAGACAAAAUAUCUUUGAUGAAAUGAAGAAGAAAUUUUUACAGGUAGAAAAUGCUGCUGAAGAACCAAGAGUCUUAUGUAUAAUACAAGAUACUACUAAUUCAAAGACAGUGAAUGAACGGAUCACUUUAAAUUUACCAGCUUCUACUCCUCUCAGAAAGCUCUUUGAAGAUGUGGCCAACAAAGUAGGCUACAUAAAUGGAACCUUUGAUUUGGUGUGGGGGAAUGGAAUCAAUUCUGCUGAUAUGGCUCCACUGGAUCAUACCAGUGACAAGUCUCUUCUUGAUGCUAAUUUUGAGCCAGGAAAGAAGAACUUUCUGCAUUUGACAGAUAAAGAUGGUGAACAGCCUCAAAUACUGCUGGAGGAUUCCAGUGCUGGGGAUGACAGUGUUCAUGACAAAUUUAUAGGUCCACUUCCAAGAGAAGGUUCUGUGGGCUCUACCAGUGAUUAUGUCAGCCAAAGCUACUCCUAUUCAUCUAUUUUGAAUAAAUCAGAAACUGGAUAUGUGGGAUUAGUAAACCAAGCAAUGACUUGCUAUUUGAAUAGCCUUUUGCAAACACUUUUUAUGACUCCUGAAUUUAGGAAUGCAUUAUAUAAGUGGGAAUUUGAAGAAUCUGAAGAAGAUCCAGUGACGAGUAUACCAUACCAACUUCAAAGGCUUUUUGUUUUGUUACAAACCAGCAAAAAGAGAGCAAUUGAAACCACAGAUGUUACAAGGAGCUUUGGAUGGGAUAGUAGUGAGGCUUGGCAGCAGCAUGAUGUACAGGAACUGUGCAGAGUCAUGUUUGAUGCUUUGGAACAGAAAUGGAAACAAACAGAACAGGCUGAUCUUAUAAAUGAACUGUAUCAAGGCAAGCUGAAGGACUACGUGAGAUGUCUGGAAUGUGGUUAUGAGGGCUGGAGAAUCGACACAUAUCUUGAUAUUCCAUUGGUCAUCCGACCUUAUGGGUCCAGCCAAGCAUUUGCUAGUGUGGAGGAAGCAUUGCAUGCAUUUAUUCAGCCAGAGAUCCUGGAUGGCCCAAAUCAAUAUUUUUGUGAACGUUGUAAGAAGAAGUGUGAUGCACGAAAGGGUCUUCGGUUUUUGCAUUUCCCUUAUCUGCUGACCUUACAACUGAAAAGGUUUGAUUUUGAUUAUACAACCAUGCACAGGAUUAAACUGAAUGAUCGGAUGACAUUUCCCGAGGAACUAGACAUGAGUACAUUUAUUGAUGUUGAAGAUGAGAAAUCUCCUCAGACUGAAAGUUGCACUGACAGUGGAGCAGAAAAUGAAGGCAGUUGUCACAGUGAUCAAAUGAGCAAUGAUUUCUCCAAUGAUGAUGGUGUUGAUGAAGGGAUCUGCCUUGAAAGCAAUAGUGGAACUGAAAAGAUUCCAAAACCUGGGCUUGAAAAGAAUUCUUUGAUCUAUGAGCUCUUCUCGGUUAUGGUUCAUUCAGGGAGUGCUGCUGGUGGUCAUUACUAUGCUUGUAUAAAGUCAUUCAGUGAUGAGCAGUGGUACAGCUUCAAUGAUCAACAUGUCAGCAGGAUAACACAAGAGGACAUUAAGAAAACACAUGGUGGAUCUUCAGGAAGCAGAGGCUAUUACUCCAGUGCUUUUGCAAGCUCCACAAAUGCAUAUAUGCUGAUAUAUAGACUGAAGGACCCAGCAAGAAAUGCAAAAUUUCUAGAAGUAGAUGAAUAUCCAGAACAUAUUAAAAAUUUGGUGCAGAGAGAGAGAGAAUUGGAAGAACAAGAAAAGAGGCAACGAGAAAUUGAGCGCAAUACAUGCAAGAUAAAAUUAUUCUGUUUGCAUCCUGUGAAACAAGUGAUGAUGGAAAAUAAAUUGGAGGUUCAUAAGGAUAAGACAUUAAAGGAAGCAGUAGAAAUGGCUUAUAAGAUGAUGGAUUUAGAAGAGGUAAUACCUAUGGAUUGCUGUCGUCUUGUUAAAUAUGAUGAGUUUCAUGAUUAUCUUGAACGAUCAUAUGAAGGAGAAGAAGAUACGCCAAUGGGACUUUUACUGGGUGGAGUCAAGUCAACAUACAUGUUUGAUCUGCUGUUGGAGACAAGAAGACCCGAUCAGGUUUUCCAGUCUUACAAACCCGGAGAAGUGAUGGUGAAGGUUCAUGUUGUUGAUCUAAAGGCAGAAUCUGUAGCUGCUCCUAUCACUGUUCGAGCUUACUUAAAUCAAACAGUUACAGAGUUCAAACAGCUUAUUUCAAAGGCCAUCUAUUUACCUGCUGAAACAAUGAGAAUAGUGCUGGAACGCUGCUACAAUGAUUUGCGUCUUCUCACUGUGCCCAGUAAAACCCUGAAAGCUGAAGGGUUUUUUAGAAGUAACAAGGUGUUCGUUGAAAGUUCUGAGACUUUGGAUUACCAGAUGGCCUUUACAGACUCUCAUUUAUGGAAACUCCUGGAUCGGCAUGCAAAUACUAUCAGAUUAUUUGUUUUGUUACCUGAACAAUCUCCAGGAUCUUAUUCCAAAAGGACAGCAUACCAGAAAGCUGGGGGUGACUCUGGUAAUGUGGAUGAUGACUGUGAAAGAGUCAAAGGACCUGCAGGGGGUCUAAAGUCUGUGGAAGCUAUUCUAGAAGAAAGCACUGAAAAACUCAAAAGCUUGUCACUGCAACAGCAGCAGGAGGGAGAUAAUGGGGACAGCAGCAAAAGUACUGAGACAAGUGAUUUUGAAAACAUUGAAUCACCUCUCAAUGAGAGGGACUCUUCAGCCUCAGUGGAUAAUAGAGAACUUGAACAGCAUAUUCAGACUUCUGAUCCUGAAAAUUUUCAGUCUGAAGAACGAUCAGAUUCAGAUGUGAAUAAUGACAGGAGUACAAGUUCAGUGGACAGUGAUAUUCUUAGCUCAAGUCAUAGCAGUGAUACUUUGUGCAAUGCAGAUAAUGCUCAAAUCCCUUUGGCUAAUGGACUUGACUCUCAUAGCAUCACAAGUAGUAGAAGAACUAAAGCGAAUGAAGGGAAAAAGGAGACAUGGGAUACAGCAGAAGAAGACUCCGGAACGGACAGUGAAUAUGAUGAGAGUGGCAAGAGUAGGGGAGAAAUACAGUACAUGUAUUUCAAAGCAGAACCCUAUGCUGCAGAUGAAAGUUCUGGGGAAGGACAUAAAUGGUUGAUGGUGCAUGUUGAUAAAAGAAUUACUCUGGCUGCUUUCAAACAACAUUUAGAGCCCUUUGUUGGAGUUUUGUCCUCUCACUUCAAGGUCUUUCGCGUGUACGCCAGCAAUCAAGAGUUUGAGAGCGUCCGGCUGAAUGAGACACUUUCAUCAUUUUCAGAUGACAAUAAGAUUACAAUUAGACUGGGGAGAGCACUUAAAAAAGGAGAAUACAGAGUUAAAGUGUACCAGCUUCUAGUCAAUGAACAAGAGCCGUGCAAGUUUCUGCUAGAUGCUGUGUUUGCUAAAGGAAUGACUGUACGUCAAUCAAAAGAGGAGUUAAUUCCUCAGCUCAGGGAGCAAUGUGGUUUAGAGCUCAGUAUUGACAGGUUUCGUCUAAGGAAAAAAACAUGGAAGAAUCCUGGCACUGUCUUUUUGGAUUAUCAUAUUUAUGAAGAAGAUAUUAAUAUUUCCAGCAACUGGGAAGUUUUCCUUGAAGUUCUUGAUGGGGCAGAGAAGAUGAAAUCCAUGUCACAACUUGCAGUUUUGUCAAGACGGUGGAGGCCUUCAGAGAUGAAGUUGGAUCCCUUCCAGGAGGUUGUGUUGGAAAGCAGUAGUGUUGAUGAGUUGCGAGAGAAGCUUUGUGAAAUAAGUGGAAUUCCUUUAGAAGAUAUUGAAUUUGCCAAGGGUAGAGGAACUUUUCCCUGUGAUAUUUCUGUCCUUGAUAUUCAUCAGGAUUUGGACUGGAAUCCUAAAGUUUCUACCCUGAAUGUCUGGCCUCUUUAUAUCUGUGAUGAUGGUGCAGUCAUAUUUUAUAGGGAUAAAACAGAAGAAUUAAUGGAGUUGACAGAUGAGCAAAGAAAUGAACUGAUGAAAAAAGAAAGCAGUCGACUCCAGAAGACGGGACAUCGUGUAACGUACUCACCUCGGAAAGAAAAAGCACUAAAAAUAUAUCUGGAUGGAGCACCAAAUAAAGAUCUGACUCAAGACUGACUCUGCUAGUGUAGCAUUUUCCCUGGGGGAUUUUGGUUUUAAUUAGACGGUUCACUGCUACUGUGUAGUGUGCCAUUAUAGCCGGACGUGGUUAGGGGUAACCCAGUGAUACCAGCACUGAUUGGACUGCCCUUCACCAAUCAGAAGCUCAGUGCCCAAUGGGCCACUGUUUUGACUUGGAAUCAUGUUGUGCACUAUAGUCAAAUGUACUGUAAAGUGAAAAGGGAUGUGCAAAAAAAUAAAAACAAAAAGCAAAACCUGCUACUAGAAAAGGGGAAAGGGGAAUGAGUAAACUUCUUGCGGACAGAUGUGCACAUAGCCGCUAGUCAAACCAGCCUCAAACAGGAUGCUCAUAGCUUAAUAAUAAAAGCUGUGCAAAGGCCAUGAAUGAA